GACCUCGCCCCCCAAGAGUCGUCUGCUCGCAGCGGUAAUAACAACAAGUGGGGGCCGACAUGACUGGGGCGAAGGAGAACAAGCAAAAACCACUGCCUACUGCUGCCAUGUCAUCGUCUGGAGAUGGGACAAAGAAAGGAUCGGGAUCGGGAUCACGAUCUGAUCGGGCGGUGAUAGUGAGAGCUGUAUCGGGAUCGCUGGGGGGACUUGUGGAGGCGGCCAGUCUGCAGCCCAUUGACGUGAUCAAGACCCGUCUUCAACUGGACAAGAAGAAAGAGUACAAAGGGAUGGUGGAUUGCGGGGUGAGCAUUGUGCGGAAUGAGGGGUUAAGGGCCCUUUGGAAGGGUCUGGGCCCCUUCUCCACCSACCUAACCCUUAAGUACGCUCURAGGAUGGGCUCCAACUCCUAUUUCCUCUCGGCUUUGCGAGCACACUACCCUUUUCCCCUCYGGGACAGUUCACGGCAGUUCAUGGCUGGAUUUGGUGCAGGGGUCACUGAGGCCGUGGUCAUUGUUACUCCAUUUGAAGUGGUGAAGAUUAGACUCCAGGAGCAGAGGGGGUUGGCCAAGGACAAGCUCAAGUACAGAGGGGCCCUGCAUGCUGCCCUCACCAUUUCGAAGGAGGAGGGGGUCAAAGGUCUGUGGAGUGGGGUGGCCCCCACUGUUGCUCGUCAAGGGCUUAACCAGGCGGUAAUGUUCACAACGAAGGCUGCAGUGGACAAGCAUGCAUGGGGGAAGAGGGAUGGGGAUGGCAAGGUCCUCCAGCCCUGGCAGUCUAUGGUGUCGGGGUUCACAGCAGGAGCCCUAGGCCCCAUGUGUACUCAACCCUUUGACACCGUCAAGACCCGUCUCAUGGCGCAGGAGAACGCGCUGACCAAACAGCAGGCGGCCAAAACUGGUUCCAAGGAGCAAAAAACUUCUGAACCAGGUGGGGCAACUUCUAGACCACGUGUAACAACUUCGGGACCACGUGGAACAACUCCUGGAUCAGGUCAAACAACUUCUGGACCAGGUGGAAUGGUGCCGGGACCAAGUGGAAUGGUUUAUGCACCAGGUGGAGGGACUUCUGGACCAGGUGGAAUAUGUUCUGGACCGGGUGGAAUGACUUUGGGACCAGGUGGAACAACUUCKGGACAGGGCGGAAUGAAUUCUGGAUCAGGUGGAAUGGUUGGACCAGGUGGAACGAGGUACAGAGGCAUGCUGCAUGGCAUUAGCAGGAUUGUGGCUGAAGAAGGGACCUUGGCAUUGUUUAGAGGAAUGUUUCCUCGGCUUGUUCGUAUACCUCCAGGACAAGCCAUCGUGUGGGCGGUGGCAGAUCAGGUCACUGGGAUGCACGAACGAAGGCAAUCUGGCAGCUGACCUGAAAAGAUGACAGUGUUAGAGAACCCGCUAGCCAGCUUGAAAUUGUACCUUAAGGCUUUUGUUCAUCC